AUGAAGGAAAAGUCUAGUUAUGAUAACUUUCAUAUUUGCACUAUCUAACUGCCUUAACAUAAGAUAACAUAAGCCUGCUAUGUGUUAAGGUAAAGCUAUGGAAUUUAUGGAGUCAAGCGAAUGGAAUUAACAGUGAAAUCUCACUAAACUAGUGUAAAGCAGUUAAUGACAGGCUUAAACGAUUUCCAGUCUCAAAUUGCAGAGGACAACUACGAUGGAGAGUUUGAGACAUGCUUGAAUAAGUGUUUUGAAGCAGGGAAAGGUGUGCAAAGACAUAAUGUUCGAAUUUUUCAGCUUAAUUGUUGA